UCUAUAAUUUUGUGUUAAAUUUUGUAUGAGUAUCUGAAAAUAUAAUUUCAUAAUGUGGAUAUAUGUUCUCGGUGAUUAAAUAUGUUUUAAUAAUUCUUCUCUUUUUGUUGAGGAAUUUAAUAAUUACACGUUUAUACAUAACUAUAUAUAAUUUUAAUAGUCCAAGGUGGAGAACUUAGCUAUUUUAUUGAUGGAUCAGUCAUUUGGAUUAGUGACAAAGAUGUAGGUAAUGAAAGGCCCAGUUUGGUUUUUUUUUUUGGUUGGUGUUUUGUUUUAACUUUUUAUUUUUUGUUGGGGUAUAGCAAUUAACAGUGUUGUCAAUGUUGUGAUAGUUUCAGGUGGACAGCAAAGGGACUCAGCGAAAGGCCCAGUUUAUAAUGUAAUAGCUAACACACUUGGAUGUUGAAACUGCUUGGCCUUUAGAAACACGAGACAUUUCAGUCUUCAGCCAGCCGGUUGUGGGUAGAUAGAAAACCAGAUCCAAGCAGCUUGGCUAACAGGAAAUGGAAGCAGCAGGAGAAUUUGAGACCCCUGUUUAGGGGCCUCUCGGCUCUCUAGAGGCCUCUCAUAAGAGGCCAGGUAGUGAAUAUUUUAGGUUUUGCAGGCAAUAUGGUGGGAACUACUCAGUUCUCUUGUUGCAUCACAAAUGGAGUGGUAGACAAUACACAAACUGUGGUUCAGUUAAACUGCUUAUUUAUGAACACUGUAAUAUGAAUUUCAUAUAUUUUCAAGUGUCAUGAAAGCUACCUUAAGUUAAAAAAAAUCAUUAAAAAAUGUAAACAAGCAUUGUUAGCUGGGGGUGGGGGUUAGUUAGAAAAAAAAAAAAAAAAGCACUUUCUGAAUUUGUCAUCGUUUUCUCAUCCAGGUUUAGAUAGAUUUCGGUAAAAGAAAAUGGGCCAGGAGUGGACUGCAAGGUUUUGUUCAGUGCAAACGUCUCUACCCACCGCUGCACAUAGCUGAAUUUUCAAACACCUUUCACAUUGUAAUUUCAACUGAGAGAUAUUAGAGCGAAAAUAUAUUUCAGGCAAAGAUAAGAAACAGCUUGUUUUAUAAUCACUAGCAAUUGAUAUAUUCCUAAUAAUUUCACAAAUAAUUUACAAAUAAUUCUUGGUGUCAGGCGUUGUGCUGUAUCUCAGGACGAUACUGCGCUAUCCGCAUUUCAGAUGAGGACACCACUGGGGCCCGCUGAGGUUAGGUGACAGCUCUGAUCGCCAAGCUAGCGUGGCAGGGGCAGGAGCGACCCCCUGCCCCACCGUCUUUUCACCCAAAUGGAGCUCUUUUGCAAGCCACGUCCAGAUACCCGUGUAUCUUCUGCUCUGUCCAUAUUGGCUGGGAAACUUUCCCUGAAUUCAGAAGGGACCGUUUAGUGUCAGUUAAGAGCAAGCGGGCGUCAGUGUCCCCAGCUGUGAGAUGGGGAUGCCCUGCCCCUGCGGUGUCUCUUCUCGCAGCCGUUGCCGGGCCGAGGGAGGGAGGCAGCCCCGCUGGGAGGCGAGGUCUUCCGGCCGCCCGGGGAGAGAGGCAACGCCCGGGCGGCAGGGGGCGGGUUUUCGGCGGCGCCCACCCCGGGGCGGGCGCGGCCCGCAUGCCUGCGCGGCCAUGGCGCUCCCGCUCACCGCUCUGCGCGUGCUGCUGGGCAGCUUCUUCGCGCUCACGGGGGCGGCCAAGCUCUCGGAGCAGAUCUCGGCUCCGGUGUCGGAGCAGAUGGGGCUAUCUUCACUUUGGUGUCUCUAAAAGAGUCACUGAACACCUGCGUCCCAGCCAUCGUCUGCCUGGGGCUCCUGCUGCUGCUGGAUAUCUGCUAGCUCUAAGUCCAAACCAGAAAAGAUGUCCAGACCCACUAGGAAGAAGUCUCCAAGUCCAUUCAAGGAAUCCUGGGAGUAGAGUAUCUCUUGUCCCUUCAGGCCAUAUCACUGUCAAAGCAGAAACGUGGUGGAAGACAGAGUGUCACCUUGUUACCCAUAUACCCAAGGGUGGCCAGUGUUGAAGUAGACAUCUGGUCUACCUGGCUCUGCUUUCUCAAGUAGACAUGUGGUCUACCUGGCCCUGCUUUCUCUUGGACACUUUACUGCUCUUUUUUUGAAGAGUCCAUGUUACAUACUCUUAGCAUUCCUCAUGUCAUGUGAAAGUAAAUUUAAAUGACCCAAACUUUUAAUGCCCCAAAUAACUAUUGAUACUUUCAAUUCCUUUGUAUAACUACCUCCCAACUUUUUCCUGUGUCUUUAUUUGGAUAUAUUUUUAAUGAAAAUGAGACUAUAUGUACUACUUUAUUUUCCUUGCUUUCUAAACCUAACACACUGUAACUAACACCAUUCCACGUCUAUUUUAUCUCAUUAAUGUUAAUGGUUGCGUAGUAUUCCAUUGUAAGGCUGCAGUGUGAUGUAUUUAUAAAGGCCCCCACUAGGAACA